UAAAAAACAAAAAAAAAAAUAUGAUGAGACGGCAAAAGUCUUGUUAUUAAGCUAUUACAAUAAUUUAUCCUGAUGGAUGUCAGAAUGAUGGAAGAGAAAAAAAAACAUCGAACGAGACUUCUGUGUGGUUUGCUUGUCUACGGCGAUGUUGAUCCGACACGGCAGCAUAGUCCACGUUUAUAUACCAGAGCUUUGAUAUAACUUCACCUUGAAAGGUAAACGAGGAUGAAGACUUGAUGUGGCAAGAAGGAACAAGAAAAUUUAAGGUUUCUUAGUAAGCUUCUUUGGUUUUUAACGAGAUAACAAAGAACAGACGAGAGACAACAAACUUGAUACAUCAUUUUGGCCCCUCAAGCCAAUGAGGAUUAUAAUUUGAGUUAACUAUGCGAUCGGCAUAUACAUGGUGAAGGCUUGUACACAAACUAGACUGGCAUUCUCCUGUAAAUGACAGUAACGCGAGUGAAGGGUACUCUAAUGAAGAGAAUACACAGUGCACUAUACAAGAGUAUGGAGCUACAUGUACUACCCAACUGAAUAAUCACGAUGUCGAUUAAAAUUCUCACCGAAAAUUUAAUUUUUCUGCACGCGUUAUAUUUUGGACAUUAUAUGAUGCCUGGCUAAAAUAAAAUACAGAACCAGACAGCUAAAUUGGAUAUAUGCUUUUUUUCUUCUUCUGCAUAAAAUACAGAUUAUUUUUAUAAUAAAAUUUCUACAACGGAUUUCAAGCAUCGUCAUCAUGUGCUGUUUCGAGAUGAUUGGAAUUCCAAUGAGACCAUGAUAUUCAAUCUAGAAUUUCCAUCGUCAACGGGACAACAGAAUGAGAUUUUACUGGAUAUUGGGAUUUUUAAUUGCAUCAUGCCACGGUGAGAAAAAGCUUAAUCUUGAGGAUAUAGAAAGAGAUAAUCUUCACUCAGAGACUAAAUCUAAUUUGUCAAAUAAAAAACCAUCGUAUUCUGUUAAUGAUGAGGUGGAUAAUCAGGAUUAUCAAUUAAGUCUACAUCAGUAUCAAGGACAAAAUACUGAGGGAUUAGGAAGUUAUAGUACAACUGAUAAUAACAAGUAUCAAGUGAAUGCCAAUCAGUAUGCAGGAGAUGUAACUGGUAAGGAUAUUCGUUAUCAACAAGAUACAACAGCAAAUGAUGCUCAUGACACGUCUCAAUCGAUUGGACAGUAUCCUGAAGAGUAUACACAACAAAUUGAGAUCGUGACCAAGGGUCUUUCACCAACAACCUAUCAACCACAACAACUGUAUUAUGAGCCAGAAAUAUCUGUUGGAAAUCAAUACCAGACAAUUCAACAAAAAACAGCAGCUAAAAAAUAUGUGUCAAAUAAACAUAAAGAUACUAUUUAUAUUCCAAUGAAUCAAUUAUUGGCAUACUAUCAACAACUAUCAUUGGCUCGUGAACAAUCAACAAAAUAUGAACCAUUAUUACAUAAAUUAGCGACUCAAGCUGCUCAACAAAUACCAAUACCUGUUUAUAAUGGACCAGCUGAAACUUAUACAAAUCAAAUUAAUUCUCAACAAUAUUUAGUUUAUCCAACAACAAAAAUAUCAUCACAAAAUGUUCAGCCAAAUUACCAGACUGGCAAAAAUCAAAUAUAUUCUCAGGAUAGUGUUUCAUAUAGACAACCUCAAGAAGUACUAUAUACACAAGCUGUAUAUGCACAACCACAAACACAAUCUCAAUAUCAACAAGAAAUUGUUUACACGCAAACAAAUCCAACAGCAUACGCACAAGUAACUCCAGGCCAUGCAACAGCUACAUACACUACUGGACCUGACUAUGUACAACAAGUUCAGGGUCAACAUGAACAGUAUAAUAAUUAUCAACAACCAGAUAGAUAUCUUCAAUAUGUUGUCACAUCAAAUUCAGGAUAUAGAACUCCAUCAUCAAGUCAACAAAAUUAUGACAAGAAUAUUCCAACAACACCAAGUGGAGAUUUUACACCACCACAAAAUUAUAAAUCUGUAAAUGAACAGUAUCCAGUGACUGGUAAAAAUAAUCAUUACUUGCAAAAUUACAUUGGUCAUUCCACUGAGCCAAAGUCAUUACUCGAGUCAUAUACACCAAGCUACAUUAUUGCAGCUAAAGAUUCAGCAAGAUAUCAAGAACGACCGAUUAAACUUGAAGGUGGCUUUCUACCAUCAAAAAUAAAUUUCAUCCAUUCAUACAAUAAACGUAAAGCUGAAUAGAAUCUUUAAAAAAAAAUAAAAUAAAAAAAAAAAAAGAUUAAGAG